AUGAACAUUAUACAUGGAGCUGGAGAAUUUACAGCAGAUGAAGUCCGAGCAUAUCGUCAGCAAAUCUAUCAGAAUGUUAUCUCAGCCAUGAGGGUGUUGUUGGAUGCAAGGAGCAAGCUAAAUAUACCAUGGGAAAAACCGGAAAGGGAGAAGAAUGUUCCAGAAAUUAUGAAGUUCACUGUGGCCGAUCUUCUGAAAGGGAUCGAUUUCACAACAUUUGUCGACAUUUCCUCAAUUAUCGAAGAUUUUUGGAAUGACGCUGCCGUGAAGCAAACAUACGAAAAACGCAACUUGUUCCAAAUUAGUGAUUCCUGCCAGUAUUUUUUCGACCAUAUCAAUCGAAUAUCGAUGCCAAAUUUCUUACCCACAAACAAGGAUAUACUUUACUGCAGAAAAGCGACACGAGGAAUUUGUGAACACACUUUCGAAAUCAAUAAAAUUCCAUUCAGGUUUAUCGAUGUUGGUGGUCAAAGAUCUCAGCGACAGAAAUGGUUUCAGUGCUUCACUGAUAUUACUAGUAUACUGUUCAUGGUGGCUUCUAAUGAGUAUGAUCAGGUAAUUCUCGAGGACCGCCGGACGAAUCGAGUCGUCGAAUCACGAUCGGUGUUUGAAACAAUCGUCAACAACAGAGCUUUUUCAAAUGUUUCCAUUAUUUUAUUCAUGAACAAGAGUGAUCUGCUGAAAGGCAUCCCAGCCGCUUCCUAG